AGGCAUGCCAAAGUAUGUCCCUUGAAGUCAGUACGAAAUGCCGAUAGUAAUACUAGAAGAGACCAUGUGUCGGCAUCACAAACUGUAGUGGCUUGCGCAAGUGACCCUACAAACACGUUGUCAACAUUAAGGGUCAAAAAUCAGGUUUUCGACAAAAUGAAGGGAGAUGAAAUAUCUUUCGUGGCCAAAACAGACAGUCUCAUUGUGCGUUUUGGUGAUUCAUAUUUGAAGAAGCACAAACGUGAGAGAAUUAGCUACGUUUGUAGCAACAGAAUGAGGGAGUUAGCGAGGCUCCUCAUUGCUUACAGAGACAUUGUUGGUCGCACCAACGUGGAUUUUAAACAACUUCUUCUUCCGAAAAACUUUGAUUCUGUGUUAUCAGCAGUAAGGAUCAUAGUGGGGUACGAUCCAAUAAAAAAUACUUUCAAAACACCCAGUCUAGCCAUGCACUUGGGAACGUCUUUAAAAUUAGCUUGUCAGGAACUGUCACACUUAGUUUUGAAGGAGACCAGAGGAUUUCGGGCUCAAUCACCAGACUUAAAAACCAUUUGGCUAAAAGACAUUAAAAAUUUUAAGAUGCUUGUUGAAUCUCGGUGGAACAUCGAAUUAGCGUCAUUGGCAAAUAAAGACUUAAUGGAGAAAAGGUGGCAAAAACCACUGCUUCUUCCACUAGUUAGCGACAUUAAGAUAUUUCGCGAUGAGUGUUUAAAGAUGGCCGAAGAAUGUGAAAACGUAUUUCGUCAAGGAAAUGAUGAUAGAAAUACAUACAAAUUACUCCUAAAUUGCACUUUGGCACUGCUAAUUGUCUUUAAUAGGAGACGUAUCGGCGAUAUACAAUACUUAAAGAUUGCUGACUAUAAACGGGAUAUCCGUAGCGAUGUUAACGAUUUUGAGAGUGUGCUAACAGAUGUUGAGAAAAUGUUGACUAGCAAAUAUAAACGCGUAGUUAACGGUGGAAAGGGAAAUCGUGCAGUAGUUAUACUAAUACCCGAGCUCUUACAAAGGUUUAUUGAUAUAAUUCUAAAAAAUAGGGAUAAAUAUAUUACGUCCGAUAAUGAAUACGUAUUUGCUGUUCCUGGCAGCACUGUACCUUGGGGCAAAGGCGAUGUAGCUAUUAGGGCACUAACAAAGAAUAUGAAACUAAAAAAUCCCACAGCAAUCUCGAGCAACAAACUGCGAAAGCAAAUAGCUACUGUAAUGCAAUUGUUAAAUUUAAGCAAGGAUGAAUCAAAGCAAUUCGCACAGUUUAUGGGCCACACAGAAAAAACCCACCAGGAGUUCUACGAAUUACCAGUAGACAUAUAUCAGACGGCAAAGGUGUCCAAGAUUUUGCUCGCAUCUGAGAAGGGUAUUCCUGCCCAAUACAAAGGCAGGUCCCUGGCAGACAUAAAUUUCGACGAAAAUUUAGAGUACGCAGUAGAAAACAACGAUGCUGAUGAAGGAGUAAUACUUUUGCCUGAAAAUGAACAUUUUGAAAUGAACAUUGAAGAUCCACAGACGAAGUUGCUGCCUAAUACAUAUUCUUCUCCUACAGCCUGCAUUGCAAUUGACGACAAUAGUACCCACAGUUUAGAUGGAAAUGAUAACCCAGUUUCUCACGAUAAGACAUCUGUUAGUGGUAGUCAAACUAGAACGAGGGUAUCUGAAAAAAAAGGGUCCGCAAUGAAAGUGACGGAAGUGAUAGCGACAAUAGUAAUGGAAAUGACAACUGUAACAAUAAACAAGGGAAAAAAGUUAUUGUAAAAAAGGGUUGGAGUAACACGGAGGUUCAAGUCUUAAAACAAGAAUUUGCCUCUUUCUUUAAAACAAACGUUUAUCCCUCAGGUAAAGAGAUCACUAAGUUUAAAAAUAAAACUGGUUCUACACGCAGUAUUGCAGUAAUAAAAUCAAAACUUCAACAU